GUGCGGUGCUCACUGCUGGUCUUUUAGACCUCCGGAUAGGCGGUUGAAACUUACUCAACAGCAACACACUUUCACGGUUAACAUUCAAAUAUUACUAAUUUCUAAAGCCCAGGAGACGGCGGUGGAGUCUAAAGUAGUGCAGUGUCUGAAGGGAUGUGUUAGAACAUGGACGACAACUGCUAUGCCAAGAUGGCGACACGAAGAGAAGACGGAAAAGAGUCAUCGCCGCCAACUACCAGCAACUCAUCAACGGACAAAAAGAGGAACAUUGCAGAUAAAGACGUCCAGCAGCUGAUUGGUCAUGAAGAAGAAGGGAUCUCCACUUUAAGACAGGAGAAUAUCCAUUUCCUUCAAGUUACAGAGGAAAGAGAGGACCUCCAGAUUAGUCAGGAUGUGUGUCUUCUAAAGCUGAAGGAGGCUGAUCCCACCAAGUUGCCGUUGACUGUUGUCUCUGUGAAGACUGAAGACCACGAAGACAAACCCCAAGACCAGAAGCUGACUGGUCAUCAAGGGGAACAUUCCCUUGAGUCCACUUUGAAGCAGGAGAAUCCCGAUUCUCUCCACGUUAAAGAAGAAGAGAAGGAACUCUGGAUCACUCAAGAGCGAGAGUGUCUUCUCGGGCUGGAAGAGGCUGAUCCCGCCAAGUUGCCAUUGACUGUUCUCUCUGUGACUAAAGACAAUGAAGACAAACUACAAGCAGACAACCUCUUAGCUCCACUAUCAGAUAGUGAGGCUGAAGACUUGGUUGGAGAACCUUUAAGCAGCGAUACAGACUUCGAGAGUGAUAUGAGGACUCACACUGACAACAAACACUCUGAAUGCUCUAAAAAUAAGACAGGGAAAAAAGUAUUUAUCUGCUCAGUGUGUGCCAAAAGCUUUGCUCAAAAGGUCUAUUUGACCCGACACAUGAAAAGACACACAAGAGAAAAAGCAUUUAGUUGUUCAGUUUGUGGUAAAAGGUUCGUUGAAAAGAGAAAUAUGGUCAGACACAUGAGAACACAUACAGGAGAAAAACCCUUCAGUUGUUCUGUCUGUGGUAAAAGAUUCGCUCAGAAGGCACAUAUGGUGAAACACAUGAAAAGGCACACGGGAGAAAAACUCUUUAGUUGUUCAGUUUGUGGUAAAAGUUUCUUUGAAAAGAGGGAUAUGGAAAGACACAUGAGAACGCACACAGGAGAAAAACCCUUCAAAUGCUCUUUCUGCAUUAAAAGAUUCACUCAGAAGGGAGCUUUGUUAGCACACGUGAACACGCACACGGGGGGGAAAGUCCACAUUUGUUCAGUUUGUGGGAAAAGAUUCUAUCAUAAUUCAAGUAUGUUAAGACACAUGCACAUGCACACAGGCGACAAACUCUUUGGUUGUGUAGUUUGUGGUAGAAGAUUCCUUUUUAAGUCAGGUGUGGAAACUCACAUGAGAACACACACAGGAGAAAAGCCCUUUAGUUGCUCUGUCUGUAGUAAACGGUUCGCUCAAAAGGGAACUAUGGUAAAACACAUGAGAACGCACACAGGAGAAAAGCUAUUUAUUUGUUCAGUUUGCGGAAAAGGAUUUGCUCAGCAGUCCAUUAUGGUAAAACACAUGAACACGCACACGGGAGAAAAACCCUUUAGUUGUUCAGUUUGCUGUAAAAGAUACGCUGAAAAGAGAGCGCUUGUAACACACAUGAGUAAACACUCGGCACAAUGACCCUUUCGUUGCAGUUUGUUGUUGAAGUUACAAUUGAAGGCACAUCUGACUGAACACAUGCGGAGAAUAAAAUGCUUUCCUCCCUAA